CAUAGGGUUGUCUGAACUGUAGAAUUUGUUCGUUGUGGGUCUUGUUCGUCCAAUUUUUAGCCUAAAAUCGGACACCAGGAUGGCAUCAAUCCCGCAGACAGAUGUCGACAAGCGUAAGCAAAUUAGUGUGAGAGGUAUUGCGCAAGUAGAGAACGUUACCACCAUCAAAAAUACAUUUAACCGGCACCUGCAUUACACGUUGGUGAAAGACAGAAAUGUGUCCACACAACGGGAUUACUAUUUUGCGUUGGCUCACACGGUUCGCGAUCAACUUGUAGGAAGAUGGAUUCGAACGCAGCAGCAUUAUUAUGAAAAGGACCCAAAGCGUGUUUAUUAUUUGUCUUUGGAAUACUACAUGGGACGUACCCUGACCAAUACCAUGGUCAACUUGGGUAUCCAGAGUGAAUGCGAUGAAGCCAUGUACCAGCUUGGACUUGACAUUGAAGAAUUGGAAGAUAUUGAGGAGGAUGCUGGUCUGGGUAAUGGUGGUCUCGGUAGAUUAGCAGGUAUAUUUCAUCUCAUUUUAUUGACUCCCAUGUGCGAAAAAAUUGGUGACAAGUUUGUGAAUGACUUGAAGUUCCUACGAGAGCUAGAACCAUUCAUAGACAAUGCAGGCUUUAUUAAAGCUCUACUAACUGUGAAAGCUGAAAACAAAAUGAAGUUGACAAAUUACAUUGAGAAACAUUACAAUAUCACUGUGGAUCCGGCAUCGAUGUUUGACGUUCAUGUGAAGAGAAUCCAUGAAUACAAACGACAACUGCUCAACUGUCUCCACGUCAUCACCAUGUACAACAGAAUAAAGAAGAACCCCAAUAUGUCAUUCGUACCACGUACUGUAAUGAUCGGUGGCAAAGCGGCGCCUGGAUACUACAUGGCUAAGAAGAUCAUUCAUCUGUUCAGUUCUGUUGGACGUGUCGUCAACAACGAUCCCAUCAUUGGCAAGAGACUAAAAGUGGUAUUCUUGGAGAACUACCGCGUCUCUCUAGCCGAGAAAGUCGUUCCUGCUACUGAUCUAUCUGAGCAGAUUUCGUUGGCUGGUACUGAGGCCUCGGGUACCGGUAAUAUGAAAUUUAUGUUAAAUGGUGCUUUAACUAUUGGUACUCUGGAUGGUGCCAAUGUAGAAAUGAUGGAAGAAGUUGGCAAAGACAAUAUCUUUAUUUUUGGAAUGACUGUUGAUGAUGUGAAUGAGCUCCACAAGAAAGGGUACAACGCAAAGGAAUACUAUGAAAAGAAUGCUGAACUUAAGCAAGCUAUUGAUCAGAUCAAUGAUGGCUACUUCUCACCGUGGGAUCGCUUUUGUUUCAAGGACAUUGCCGAUACUUUACUGUACCAUGACAGAUUCUGUCUUCUUGCUGAUUAUGAAGCUUACAUCGCUGCUCAGGAAAAAGUUAACGAUCUCUAUAAGAAUCCCAUUGCUUGGGGAAAGAAAUGCCUACUGAAUAUUGCUGCAUCUGGUAAAUUCUCGAGCGAUCGCACAAUUGAGCAAUACGCCAAAGAAAUAUGGAACGUGGAACCGACACGUGAUAAGUUGCCAGCACCACAUGAGAUACCCAGUAUAAAGGUUGAGAAGAAGAAAUAAACUACACGUUCUGGAGUUGGCAACUGUAGAAUUAUGUAAAAAUUAUGUAAAUGAUUGCGUGUUUAUUUUGUAAACUAAGAAUUCACAGUUUGUAAGGAAUUAGAACCAGCUGUGUCCACCUUCGUUUCGGACAAAGUUUCUUUGCACUGGUUUAGAACAGCUAAUUUUGUACGCAAGAAAUUAAAUAUGUCAUUCAUCUUAAUGCUGCAACUGUAAGUUUGUUUGUAAAGUUUACUUGACAUCAAAUUAUGUGCUUUUUUUUUUAUUUCACCUUCACAUUAUGAAAGCAAUAUUUGGAAUCUCAUUUUUUUUGAUUGAAUGAAAAUAUUUGUUGUGCAUGUGUGAAUUUAUAAUUUGAGUUUGUAUAUUGUGAGAAUUGCCGUGGUAACACUUCAAAGAUGUUUAUGUCAACACCUUGUGCAAGCAACACACAUGUAGUUUGCUGAUGCUCUAUGUAAAUUUGUUAUGGUAAUACGUGCAUGUAAACUUAGCGUCAUAACAACACAUCAACAUGUAAAGGGAUGGAUAUGGUAACAUUCAGUGAUGUGACUGUAGUGUCAAUGGUUAGGUAACUUGUUUCCAUAGUAACUGUAGCAAAAUUGUUACUUCUACUUAGAGAUUGUGAAUACUUUGCAGUAUUGUGUUGACAAGUUAUACAUGUGAAGAUUGGCACUGGAUAUUUAUUUGUUGUUUUUUAUACAAGCUUGUUUUUUCUUCAAACUGAAAUAUUUUUCCAUAUUUGUAGCUAUACCAGGAAUAUUUACCAUUUUCGGUAUUUGAAAUGAUGAUCAAUGAAAUGGUAUAAAUAUGAUUGACUAGUAGCAUGGUGUGAUGAUGAAUAAUAAUUAGUAAUCUCUUUUUAACAAUUGUGAUUUGGUCUGUUUAAUUGUUCACAUAAUUUUAUGUCACUUUCUAGAGAUUAAGAAUCAUUCUGAUCUGCUUGAAUUAAAUUAUAUGUGCUCAAAAAUUAAAUUAAAUUAAAACAUUAGGGUUGAAAAAAAAAAGGAAACUCCCAUGCCUGUAUAAUAAUUUGUUAGCUCUUUAACAAUAGGAUCAGGUCUUGGUUGAUGACUUUGUCAGCCAAGCUUGAUGAUCUGUGAUACUAAGUUCCCCCCAUGACAGAGUACCUAGCAUUUGUUCAUUAGCCUUCAGGGUAAGACAGCAAUUUAGUUAAAGAUGGCAAGUAUAUAUAAGAAGGUUUUCUCACAACUUGAGGACAACAAAAAUAGUUUAAGUAAGAGAAGCUUGAUUUAUGUAUGGUAUUACUAAUGCAGCAACAUUGGUAUUUGUCAGCUCAUUCGGAUUAUCAAUAAAAUCACCCAAAAACA